CUCACGGGCAAGCAAAACAUGCCUGAGGACGCGGCAGCUGCACCGAGCGAAAGAGAGCGGACCGCGGCGGCCCGCGCGGCCCUCGGCCGCCGCGCUAGCGGCCGCCGGCGCCAUGCAGACCUUGAGUCCAAUGCUCUCCAAGCUUCCGGGCCCGGCAGUGUGUGGCGCUGUGACAUGGAGCGGAACGGUUCAGUCACGUGUGCUCAAGGUUGAAUGCACUCUCACUCUUGCUCCAGCCUCCAACUGCCUCUUUCAAAAUCCAGAGUAAUUUCGUUUGAUUGAUGCUGUCAAAGAGGUCCUGCAGGCGCAUUUGAGAUAAGAAGCUGGUCUAGUUUUCUUGUAAGAGAUUUCGUAUAUCGUCUGCAAAUUGAGCGGAGAUGGGAAAAGGAAGGUGCCCUAGCACGAAGAUGUCGUUGCGGAGCGCUGUGCAUUUUUAUUUUUGAGUAUACUUUAUUGGUGCAUGCGGCGUACCAAUCUCCUCAUGCAUGAGCAGUGAGCUGGCAGGUGCAUCAGCAGGUCAUGAUAUGUGACUCCAGGUAGCUGUGCAGCUUUAAGGGGAGCAGCUUGUUGGCCGAGCUGGAGUUCCAGGACUCCUCUUCUCCCCUAACACUUUGACCCGAGUCAACAACAUGGCCACAGAACUUUCAGUAAAGAAGGACUCUGCUGCAUACUUGGAAGAGCUUCUGGAGAAGGGUGAUGACAAGAGCGUGCUGGAAGCAGUUGGAGCUAUGCACAAACUCUGUUGCGACAUCAUCUGGCACAAGAAACAACGUAAACAAUUGGCCCUAGAUGAGAUGCAAGAACUGCUGCUGAAACCAACUCCCCCCCUGAAGAAGGUGCAAAAGCUGAUGAAGAAUGAGUCCCUGGUCCGAGCUGUUGUUCAGCUGCUUCACCACCCGGUUCUACUCCGCGACGCCACACGAGAAGAGCGUGCUUGCCAGCAAGACUUCACGGCGCUUGUAUCUUUCCUGGGGCGCAUGGCCUUCUUCUCAGAUUUUGCGGAGAGUCUCGACAAGGCGGGGCUGGCACAGGAGGUUGCAAACCUUGUAGACCAUCUCCAACAGUGGACACGGCCCGUUAUAUUGAGCAGCUUGGAUUCCAACCGCUCGGCGCAGUACUCCCGCUGGAUCCGACGGCUGGAGCGCUUCUCGAGCUGCCUGGAUCUGCUCGCCGAGAUGUUCACGACGGCCGAGUUCGGCCGCGAGGCAGUGCGGCUGAAGCUGCUGCCGGCGCUCCUGAAAGCCUGGCCCCCGCAAGGUUUCGAGCAGCCCCGGACAUUCAUGGUCGUAGAGGCAAACCAGGCAAUGUGCAAGUGCGCCGCAAACAUGCUGAUUGUGCUCGAGCUCGCCCUCAAAAACAGCGCGUUUGACGAGUUCAGGAACGAGCGGCGGAACGAGCUCACGGAGUGGCUCCUCUCCGUGCUGACGUGGCAGCGGCUGCUGGGAGCUCAGCCUGAGUGCGCGGCGUUGGCGGUCUACGAGGAGGCUGUCGAGCAAGCGUGGCUGAGGGUUUACUUGAAGUACCUGGGGGCCGGCCGCGGAGUGCGCAGUAGAGUGGCGAAACGGAUGCAAAAGAUGUGCAAGGAAAUGUUGGCGAUCCCGGACGCACGGUCUUGGAGCCCGGAACUGCGAGGGACGCUGGAGACGGUUCGCAAGGUGAUCGACGAUCGGAUGAGGGAACGAGACGGCAAGGGGAGUCGAUAUGAAUUCUCGGAGCAUCUUCUUGACGACGAAAGGGCCUUUGGAUGGUCACCGAGGGGAGCUUCGCACGUGCCGCCUGACAAAGUGGCGGCGCUGCUGCGGUCCGGAAAGAAGGCGGAUGUCUUGCGCGGAGUUCAAGCAAUUCCGGCGGUUCUGCUGGGAGACCUGCAGUCGGAGGUGGGGGGCGCGGCCUUGAUGCGUCAGAGUCUGGACGGUUUGCCGUACGAAAAGGCGGGCGUCCGAGACGCGCUGAUGGACGUUUUCGAGGGCCCUCUGGGGAAUUGGCUGUUGCAAGUCAACAAGGGGGCCGAUGCAGAAGCUGCGCUUACUUCCUUGGACUCGAUCAACCGGCGCUUUUUGAACGAAGCCGCGGCCGCAGAGGCCGGGGACACGGCUCCCAGGGAGUUUCCUUCGUCCGAGUAUUGGCGGGCACGAGAUCCGGGACAGGAGGGGGGCAGGGCGUCAGAAGCGGGCAACGGAGAAGCCCGGUCUUCGGAGCAUUUGCAAGGGCGCGAGGAAGCGGAUGAGGAGCGGAAAGUCAUCGGAACGGAGCGAGAUUCUUUGCCUGAUGCAUCUGUUGCUCUCCUGUCCGAUCCGGACGCCCAAAAGGAGAGCUUGGACGGGCAGACGGAGAGGUCGGACGGGGAGAAACGGGAUUCGGACGGCGGCGAAGGGAUUCUUGGGGAGGAAAAGAAUUUGGGUAAGGGACCAGGGGGUUCGGAAAUGCAGUCUGAAGUUCCGCACAAGCAAGAAGGUACUUCGGACGGGCGAAGCGCUCAAUCGGACGGGUUGAACGGAGAGUCGGACGGCCUGUCCGGUCCGCCUGCAAUGGACCCCGUUGUGCUACGCCUCCUCCGCUGGAUCGUGCGGCGGCCCCCAUUGGAGGCACGACUUCUCAGUGCCGCGAUUCUGCCAAUAGAAAUCGAGUGCGCGCGCGUCCCGUCAGCCCGGCUGGUCGCCGCUCGCAACGCCGCGCUGAAACUCGGGAAGAGAGUUGUCGAGGGGACGUUCGAGUUUAGCGGAACGCAACGAGCGCUCGCGUUCCGGGCGUGGGGGAUGCUCGACGCGCUCUUGCGCGAGAACCACACGUGCCCGGAAGAGAUGGCGGAGGUGCAGAGGCUCGCGCGGGAACUAGGCGUGGCGGAGUGCGCGGCCGACUUUCUGGGCGCCCGGACCGACAGCCGGUCGUACGAGCUGCACCUCCUGAACGUGUUGGAGGCGUGCACCGAUGCCGGGGCCGAACCGGCCUUGCAAACGAACGGAGGCUUUAUGAAGCGCGCGGUUGCGAGCCUCAAGUACGCGCUCUCGGUGUACGCGAGAGCAAUGGCGGAGGGCUGGGAUCAGGAACCCUCUCAAGAGGACCGCGCAACCGGCGCCGGUGCGGGUCUGCUAACCGCUCCGGGGGUCCGAGAGGCCGACGAUCUGAAGCUCGAAUGGUUCGUCUCUAAGACGUACCUCGACCCCCCCGCGGUGUGGCCCCGCGUCUUCGGAGCCGUCUACCAGCUGAUAAAGCUGCUUUCGGACUUGGUUCAGGGUGAAGGCGACGCGGCCUUUGUCGAGUUUGUUCGUAGCGGGGGGGUGGAGGCAGCGGCCGGGUUCCUAAACCUCAGCCCCCCGAGAACGGUGUUUUUGAAGUCGGCAGACCCGACGGUUUGGGAAACGGACAGGGAAACGAGGGCGCGGAAGAGGCUGGCGGACGCUGCUGCCCUGGCGGACGGGCUGUGGGAACGAGCGGAAGCGAAGUACGGGCUGCGCAGGUGCGGCAGGGUGAAAAACGCCUUCCAGCGGUGUCACCAGCGCGAGAGCAAAGGCGGGACGUUCAAGCAGUGCGGCAGGAAGUGCGGCGUCUUCUACUGCAGCCGGGACUGCCAGGUAACCCACUGGAAGGAGGGUCACAAGCAGGCGUGUACGCCAAAGAACGGAAACGUUCCCGCGCCUGGGCCCACUGCUGCCUAG